AUGAGCAGCUCCUGUGUGACUCUGGCUGAGGUCCUGCAGCUGAAGGGAAGCCCUUUGGAGGAGGAAGAUAUAUGGGCUCUCUUACAUCUGGGCACAGAAAAUCUUCUCCAGGACCUGCCCAAAGAUCCACUUAUCCAUGUGAUUUGCCCAUGGUCAAUGGUACUUUCAGCCAGAGGAAGUUUGUCUUUCCAAGACAAUGUGUCUCACCAAGAAGCUGCCCCUUUCAGGGCACCAGAACUGCUCCAUGGACAGAGUAAAAACAAGCAUGUUGGAUUGACAAAGAUGCUGGUGUAUUCUUUGGGAAUGACCCUCUAUUGGUCAGCAGACUAUCAGGUUCCUCCAAACCAGUCCCUUCAGCUGAGUGAUCAGUUACAUGCCCUGCUGCUAAAGCUGUGUGAAGAUCUGCCACAUAAAAGACUUUCCCCAGAAUCCAUUUUGGAGGCAUGUGAAGUGCACCAGAAGGAAUCUUCCUCUUCUCCUGCAAGUGUUUACAUCCAGAGAAUGGUCAAAUUUGUGCUAGGAAGCAUCACUGAGGUAGAGCAGAUAGCCACUGAAGACAGCCACCUGAACAGAAGCCAUGUGAUAAGGAAAAGGCUGCACGGGAAAGCAUCUGACAGCUCAGCAUUGCCCUCCCAGCUGAAUUUUCAUCAAGGGGCCAGGUUACUGAAUUAUAGUCAGUCGGCAGAGGAUUACAGACAACUCUCUGUGGAUUAUUGUGACUCCAGCAGCAUUUCGGAGAGCACAUCUUUGAUACUGUCAAACAGGGGCUGCAGGAGAGGGAAAGCUCCGCAAGCACAGCAGGCGUGGGACCCAAACCUGAGUGGGUCGAGGACACACAGUAGCUACAAGCUCUUCAUUAACAGAUCAGCAAGUGCUGUGGAUGAAAUCCCUGCUGGGACUCAGAAGAACGACAAGCCCAACCUUCUGAAGUUAGGCUCUACCUUCUCGGUGUCUGCCAAGGACUCAUUAGCAGCUGCUGCGUCUCUGAGGUGCUUGUUCCAAAGAAAAGAAAAGUUUUCAGGGCCAGAAUUUAUCAUUCUGUCCAGUGAACCACCAGUGACCUUACAACUGCCUGGAUCCAUUGUGACUAAAAAAGGGAAAUCCUAUUUGUCUCAAAGGGACCUCAGUGUGAUUCUGCUCAGCGGGCAGUGCCUCGAGGUGAAAUGUGACAUCAAGUCGAAGGCGAGAGAUGUCUUCAAUACGGUCGUGGCCUACGCAAACCUGGUGGAACAUUUCUACUUCGGCUUAGCUUACCUGAAAGGUAAAGAGUUUUUCUUUUUGGACGAUGAGACCAAACUCUACAAAGUGGCCCCAGAGGGCUGGAAUGACCAACCCAAGAAGAAAACCUUCAUUAUUAACUUCACGCUCUUUCUGAGGAUAAAAUUCUUUGUCAACCACUUUAACGUCAUCCAACAUGGUCUGACAAGGCAUCAGUUUUACCUGCAGCUUCGUAAAGAUAUUCUGGAGGAGCGGCUGUACUGCAAUGACGAGACCUCCCUGCAGUUAGGUGCUUUAGCCUUGCAGGCAGAACUUGGAAAUUAUGCUCCUGAGAUGCAUGGGAAGAACUAUUUUCGCGUUGAAGACUACGUUCCCGCGAGCCGGAUAGAGAAAAUGACCCUGGCGUACAUACAGCGAGAACUUGCCAAGCUGCACCGCAUGAACCACUCCCUCUUUGAAGAUGAAGCCGAGCUGGAAUUUUUAAGGGUGACUCAGCAACUCCCAGAGUAUGGGGUGCUGUUCCAUCGGGUGUCCCAAGAGAAGAAGGCAGCCGGAGGGGACACCGUCCUGGGAAUCUGUGCCAAGGGCAUCAUUGUGUACGAGAUGAAAAACCACACCAGAAUUGCCAGUUUAAGAUUUCAAUGGAGGGAAAUGGAGAGGAUUUCAGCUCACAGAAGAAAGUUCAUGAUCGAAAGCAACUUCAGUGGCAAAAAACAUAUGUUCGUCACCGACACGGCAAAGACUUGUAAAUAUAUACUGGACCUCUGCUCUGCCCAGCACAAAUUUAAUGCUCAGAUGCAUUCCAGGCAGCUUCAGCAAGCUUCGUCUGAGGACAGCAAGUUUAUGGAAAUAGUCAAAUCAAAUUCUGCUUAUGCAACUCAGAACGAACAUCUUGCCCUGAUUCAGAGACUGUCCUGCUCAGAAAAUGUGUUGUAUGGGGCCAGCCUGGAGCAUAUGUCUGCUGGGAUGAUGAGCAAGUCUUGCGAUAACCUCAGUGUGGAAACCAACAAUGGGAUUGGGGACAAAAGCAAUCUAGGCAGCUCCCACUCUGGAUUGUCCCAGUCAGAAGUACACAUUAGUUUGAAUGAAAAACGACGGAGUCAUGACUAUCUCUCUAUCCAUUCAACACCAAAUACAGCCAGCACCCCAAGUUCCCCAAUCAACCAAAGAGAGAAUGCGCUGUCUGGAUUAGAAAGAGAAAUCAUUUGUGUCACCUUAAAACGAGAUCCUAAAAAUGGCUUUGGUUUUGUAAUUAUUGGAGGAGAAAAUGUGGGGAAAUUAGACCUUGGAAUAUUUAUCGCAUCAAUUAUCCCCGGGGGACCUGCAGACAGAGCGGGACAUAUCAAACCAGGGGGACGACUCAUCUCCGUGAAUAAUGUUAGCCUCGAGGGUGUUUCUUUUAAUACUGCAGUUAAAAUUAUACAGAAUUCUCCUGAUGACGUGGAACUGAUCAUCUCUCAACCCAAAGACAUAUCUGAAGAAGGACUGAAUGAGGAGAAGAAUUUGUCAAGAAAAAACAGCACUAGUGGGUCUGAGAUCUCUUGUGCAGACAGUGGAAGAAAAAGGAUUCAAGACUGUCAUACAGCACCUUCCAAAGAAGUAGACAUGAAUACAGAUGAACUUGAGAAGGUUCUUUCUUGGAAUUUAGCACCACAAUUGGGUCCCAAGAUUCCUGUUCUUUCAGUUGACAGCCUGGAUAUUGAGGAAGCCAACUCCUCUCACUUUCCACCAUCUGCCGAAAGCAAUUCAGAUGAAAUCUAUUCUGUGGAGUUGGUUAAAGAAGACGGGACUCUUGGAAUCAGUGUGACUGGUGGGAUCAACACUAGCGUGCGUGAUGGUGGAAUAUACGUGAAGUCAGUUAUCCCCAGAGGACCAGCUGAUAAGGAUGGACAAAUAAAAAAAGGUGAUCGGCUGCUGGAGGUGGACAGGAUCAGCCUCUGUGGCAUCACGCACAAGCAGGCUGUGGAAUGCCUGAAGAAAUCUGGCCAGGUUGUCAGGCUGCUUCUAGAAAGGGGACGUCACAAAUCUGCAGAGCCGUGUCCAGCUGCUAAAGACAGAAUGGAGGAGAAAUCUGUGAUCGUUUCCUUGGCAACGCCCUUGUCAGCUGGUCCCAACGGCUACUCCUUUGCAACAGACGAUAAUACGUUUGAAGUCAAGCUGAUGAAGAACUCCGGAGGCCUCGGCUUCAGUUUUCUGCAGAUGGAAAGAGAGGCUUGCGAACACCUCGGAGGAGAGAUUGUGAGGAUCAAAAGACUGUUUCCAGGGCAGCCAGCUGAAGAGAAUGGAGAGAUUGAAGUCGGAGACGUCAUUUUAGCUGUUAAUGAGAAACCUAUUCAAGGACUCUCGUAUCAGGAUGUCCUCAACUUGCUGAGAGGAGCUCCUCGACAAGUCACACUUCUUCUCUGCAGGCCUCCAAAAGGUCUUCUUCCAGAAAUAGACCAGAGCGCACUGACCCCAGUGCCUUCUCCGGUUAAGGAGUUUGGGACUGUGACACCAGCUACCCCAGAGCCCAGCGGUGGUGCAGAUCAUGCUGCUAGCGAGAGGGACAGUACUUCUCCAGAACUGGAAGACUAUAUGGAUUCUGAAGCAGUGGCCUCUUGCAGUGACCCUCCUGAGGAGGAGAACUUGUCUCCUGAGGAGCAGGGCACGGAACCUUCCCAAGAGAAGCCACAUGACAGGCCUGGAGCCCACAGUGAGCACUCCUACAAGCACCUCUGGAAAUGGCGUUGGGAAGCCAUUGCCUCUGAGACGUUCCUGUCUCUGGAGGAAGAGGUGAUGCGGAACUGCUACUCACCAUGUGAGAGUGGAAGCGCUAAAAGCCCUGCCUUUGAGAGGAGUGAUGAUGACCUCGCCAGCACCUAUUGCGUCCCUGACAUUCUCUCCCCCACCCCUAUUGAUAAGGAGUAUCUCACACUCAGCUCCACAUCUCUGACCUCGCUCUCAUGUGGCGGGAGCUCAGACACAGCCUCCACCACUAUUGCCACCCCGCAGCCACGUGAUCCUUUCUCGGCACCCUUCCCUGCUAGAGAACCGGGCAAUAGUGACAACGAGUGGGAAGACUUUGAGGAACUAGAGGGAGAGGAGAAGGAAGAGGAAUAUACCAGGGAAACGGAGGUGCUUGUCAGUGUGACAAGAUCGGAGAACAAUUGUUACGGAUUCACAGUGGUUCCUAACAAACUGGACAACUGCCUGUAUGUGGAGGAAAUCCUGGCUGAGCCUGCCCUGUCUGAUGGAAGACUGAGAAGAGGGGACCGACUCAUUAUGGUGAACGGAGUUGAUGUCACAGCAUUCUCCUUUGAUGAAACCCUGGCGUUGCUGUACAGCUCUUCUCCCGAUUUGAGCCUGGUGGUUGGCCGGGUUAACGAGGACCCCCAUGCCUCUGUUAGACCAGAUGAGAUUCCUGAAAUCACCCUCACAAAAGGCGACAAUGGACAACUGGGCUUGAAGUUAACAGGAGGAGCCGGGAGCAAAUUGCAGGGUAUCUACGUGCUUGAGAUCGUGCCAGGCUCUCCCGCCAGUAUAGAAGGCAGCUUGCAGCCACGGGAUCAGAUUGUCUACAUCUGCGGGCUAUGGACGGAGGGCCUCAGCCUGGACGAUGCAGUGCAAGUGUGUGAGGCUGCCAGCCACAAUGUCUGCAUCAGGGCAACAAGAAAUGGCAAUCCAGUGGUUCCCACAGAGCAGCAGAAUAAGCCACCUGCUGAGCCAGAGGAAGUCAAAGUAUCUCUCUCAAAUGAAAACGUGAGUCUCCAAGAACAACAUCUACCCCGUCAACAUACAAAGCACUCGGAGGAAGAAAGUGGUGGGGUUGAGCAAAGCACAUCUGACUCAGCAGAUUAUGAGGACUGCAUCAUUAAGAUUGAGCUGGAGAAAACUGCCAAUGGGAGUCUGGGAUUUGCGCUAGUAGGUGGCAGAAAUGGCCGGGCUAUCCUAAUUAAAGCCAUCAGCCCAGGAAGUAUCGCUGAUCUCGACGGGAGGCUUCAAGUGGGUGACAUCUUACUAAAGGUGAAUGGAGAUUUAGUGUCUGGUUUGACACGCAAUACGGUGAUUGACCUCUUACGCACGGCUCAAGGCACCAUUCAGCUCACUGUCUGCCGAAGCGUGGCAUUGCAUUGGGCUUAUUCAGGCAGCCAGUGUUAUACUUCUUCCCUCCAGAGCACAACAGCCCAGUCGGAUGAACAAGGUAACAAGGGAAGCCUAGAAGCCAAGCACUCAUUCACUUUCAGAGGAGGGGAAGAGGAAUCCAGCCAGAUGUGCAGCAAGGAUUCAGAAAGUAAAUGUGGUUCACCCCUGCAAAGUCAAUCAACUGAACUGGAGUUUGGGGCAAAUGCAGACAGAUCACAGAAAUACUCCAGGUGUGAAAGCAGCCUUAGAACAGAUAGUCAGGAGUCUGAGACUGACAGCUGGAUAAGUGAGGAAGAUGAAGUGGCCCGGAGGAUUUCCGUUCUACCCAGAGGCAGAACACUUGUUUCUGAAGACGAGCUGACUCAGCUGACUCACAUUAUGCCAUCGCUGACUGGGGUAGAUCUGAGGUCUCGUCUCAGAGUUCUGAUCCAGAGCCUUCGGAGGCAGAUUGAAGAGCAAGAGAUCCUGAAAGAGUUUGUGGCUUUAGAACACAUGAAACCGCUCGAUGGCUGCCAAGUUGGGAAAGCGCCAGAAAACCGGGAGAAAAACAGAUACCGAGAUAUCCUUCCAUAUGAUGCGACACGGGUUCCUCUUGGAGCAACCAGGGGCUAUAUUAAUGCAAGUUACAUCCGAACGCAUAUUGGAGAAGAGGAACAUUUCUAUAUUUCAACACAAGGGCCUCUCCCUUGCACUGUGGCUGAUUUCUGGCAAAUGAUUUGGGAGAAUGAGUCAGAUGUGAUUGCCAUGAUGACAAAAGAAGUGGAGCUUGGAAAAGUCAAGUGUCACAGAUACUGGCCUGAACCUCCACAGGACUCUCUAGACCUCAGUGAAUUCCAUCUGAGGCUGGACAACUGCCAGAUCUUGGAAUAUUUUAUCAUCCGAAUAAUAGAAAUAAUUAACAAGCAGACAGGAGAGAGACGCUUCGUAAAACACUUGCAGUUUACCACUUGGCCAGAUCACGGUACUCCCAGACUGAUAGAGCAUCUCGUCAAAUUCAUUCGCUACAUGAGAAAAAUUCACCAGACGGGCCCCAUAACGGCCCACUGCAGCGCUGGGAUUGGAAGGAGCGGGGUUCUGCUUUGUAUUGAUAUUUUGCUGAGCUGCAUUGAAAAAGAUCUAUGUUUCAACAUCAAGCAGAUAGUGAGAGAGCUGAGGCAUCAGCGAUUUGGCAUGAUUCAGACCAAGGACCAGUACCUAUUCUGCUACGAAGUAGUGCUGCAAGUGCUGCAGAACAUUGAAACCAUGGAAUCCCAUCUCCUCCAAUAAGAACCUCUGCUAUUGCCACUCAUCUUGGAGACCGCCCUCUUACUUGAGACUUAUUCUAACGGGCUGUCAGACCAGCAUGGACAGGCGCUGUACUGCGUGCACUUGUCACGCUGUGUUAGGAAAUGUUGAUUUCUAAAGCAUUUCUAAACCAGCAUAAAAUAGGUUGGUAAAUUAUUUAUACGCUGGCUCACUGGCUUGAGAAUUGAUCAGCAUCACUGAUAAGUUGCCUCAGAGAGUAAUUUGGAUGUUCUGCGUAACAGCAUAUUGGUGGCCAGGAGAAUGACUUUGGCUGGUGGCUAGGAAGUAACGUACCCUAUCAUGGACUGCAGCUGUAUUCAGUUAGCUUUAAUAUCGGAAGGGCAGCUAGGAAGCUCUGAGACCAUGACUGUUUCAAGUUGAAGGUCAGUUGUCUCUCCUAUGUCACUCUAGACUUUUGCUCCUGUAUUUUGAAUCAAUAUUCUCUGCUCCCAGUGAUGCUCUCAAGUGGGGGUGCCAAUUCAUUUGCUUCUGGUUGUUUGAACAACUUAGAGCUAUUUUCUGCCAUCAUUCUAGCUUUAGGGCCCACUGCCAUUGGUGGAAGUUUUCAUAAAUAAGUUGAUGGCAGGACAUGACCCCAAAGCUCUAGUGAGCUACUUUCAGAGCAGGCAGAGCUCCAACAAUUGGAAUGGAUGGCGGUUUUCCCCUAGCAAUAUCAGCUAUGUAGAUAUCAUUAGCUCCUUUCAUUCUGUACCCAUGUCAAAAGGAAAGUAUUACUAAACCAGCUCUGUGAGUGUGUGUAUAUAGAACUGUCACACUAAACGUGCAAUUCUUCCCUUCCCAUUGAUUUGCUAUCUAAUAGUCCCUUAUUUAGGGCCUGAUCCAACUCCAGUUCAAGUUGAUGGAAAGCUCCAUUGAAUUUGGGGGCAUGGGGGUUGAAUCUGGUCCUUAAGCAACAUUAAAUAGCUCUGUUGUACUAUACACUUUUUCGUGAAAGCUGGUUCACUUUCUGAGAGUUCCAGUUUGAGCAAAUCUCUCCUGCUUUCCCCUCUCCUCCAAUUCAUCCCAUGAGACUGAAAUCUGCAUUAAACUGGAAAAUUCUCUGGGAUAUCUUACCUACCUCACAGCCUGGGGCAUUGUGGGGGUUCAUUUGUUCAUGUUUGUAAAUUGCAAACUACUGCUAUGAUAUUAUUGUAACUCGUUUGCCUAGAGGGUUAUAUUUAUGGAAGUAGAAUUAUUAGCAAUGCAACAGAAGAUUACCUUUUGUUAAAAAUAGGCAACACAGUGGUGAAAUAUAUUAACAGCAAUGUGUGUAUAAAAACUGCUUCCUUGACUUCAAGACAGUAGUAAUAUUAAGAGAUAUUUGCAUACAAAGCCACUCUGCAAGCUACAAGAUAAUAAAUACUCUUGUUUCAUUUUAUUAUGGAUCAGAGUGAUAGAUUUAUGGCGGAAGAGGAAUAUGGCAUUAAAUACAAUUUAAAAUCUGACUUUCAGAAAAAUGCAUCCUUAUAAAGUUCUUCUAAGAUUCCAUGUCAAUUUCUCCUUUCUGCCCCCAGCUCCAGUGGGUUUACCCAAGAGUAACGGGAGUAGAAUUUACAGUGUAAGCCAGACGCUGAUUCAGUCACAGUGAUAGAACUCCUAUUAAGUUAGUGGAGCAACUCCAGAUUUACACUGCUGUAAAUGAGAACAGAACCUGGUGUUCUAUCUUGAAUUAACUGAGUUUGAGCCUUCUAGAAAGCAUUAUUCUCCAUGCAUUAUGAAUUUGUUUUACUCUCUGCAUGCUGCAUCUAGAAUAGCCGUUAUUUGCACAGAUUUGUCAAGCAUCGUUAGCCAAGUGUUCAUAAAUUUGUUACCUCUAUUGGGUUUUGGCCUUUCACUUUGGUUUUAUUUACUGCACUGUACAUGUAUUGCUAUGUAAGAUAAAAUUGCACAACCUAAUGCACAAUUCACUUUUUGUACUAAACUGAUUUAAACCAGUUUCACAAUGGAAAUGUUUUGGACUUUGUACAAACAUGGCUGUGAACAAACCUAUUGGAUUUGUAAAGACAAUCUUGGUGGUAACCUGUGUUGCUCCACUUUUUACGCGUGCAUCAUCUUUACAGCUGUUUGAACAUAUAAAUGUUUCCUGUUUUACAGAGAUAUUAAAGUAAG